AUGGCAGCGAAGGUGUUAAAGGGCUACCUCUUUGAGGCAGUCAUGCAUGCUGCACUGGCGACUGGCGGCAAGUUCGAUGUGUUGCCAUUGGACCCGAAGACUCUGGAGCGGGGCAAGGAGGAGAAGCUGGAUAUCCCGGAAUGCAAGCAGUAUAACAUCUUCACAGACAAUGAGGUCCAUGGUAUGAUGAGCACUAAGAUGGACACAUACUUGAGGCCCAAGUCCUCCAACUUCCCCGUCAUUGAUGCUCUUAUGGUGCUGGCAAUGUACCUUUUCCAGAUGACUGUGUCGGCUAUGAAGGAAAUUAAUGCUGAUGACCUCGAAGACGUGUUCAAGCGACUCGGCAUCUCUGCUCCGGGCCAGGAGGGCCGCCAACCCAGCCUUUACUUUGUGGUGGAUCCUAGCAUCUACAACAAGUUUAAGGUGCGGGCAGGAACGAAGAAGAGGAAGGCCUGUGAGGAGCGAGAGGCUGCCUGGCCGCCCGACCCCAAAAAGCAUGAGCGGUCAGCCAACACCCGGUUGUAUAUUCUGCGUGGCUGUAGCAGUUGCUCACCUGGCGGGUCGACUGGAUAA